AUGCAGCCGGAGACGAGCUACAGCUGCUUGAAGCGCUGCUUCAUUGCCAUCUUCUCUUUUUGCGCCAUCUACACGACAGACAUGAUUCAGGAGUGCAUCAAGGCGGAGAGGACGAACAACCUGUUCCUCUAUCCAUCCCUGCUGUUGAUCGCUGCCUUCUUCUCCAUGUGGGGGUACUCGGCGCAGUACAAGAUCCCGAAGGACCCGCUGUGGUAUCGUCACCACGAGACAUACAUGCUGGUCGCAUCCAUAUUCAUCUGCUUUGGGUUUUGCAUGCUGAUCGUCGCCAUCUACCCCAUCUACCGCAUGUGGAGCUGCGCGAUCGUCCUCCUAUGGGUGGUAAUGAUCGCCAAUGUGAAUGGCGCCGUUACCUACAUCAUGAGCCACCUGAGCAAGAAGAAGUCCACGUAG